AUGGAUAAUGAUUCUGUACUAACAUUUUUUAGGUUUUCAGGAUUAAAUUACACAGUGCAACACAGAAUCACUCUCUUUGUUCUCACUUUACUGUGUUCCUCGAUCAUUUGGAUAGUAAAUGCUGUUCUCAUAAUAACCAUCAUUGUGGAGCAAAAGCUUCAUGAGCCUAUGUAUAUUUUCUUGUGUAAUCUGUGUAUUAAUGGAAUUCACGGAACAGCAGGUUUUUACCCCAAAUCCCUCAUUGCUCUUCUGUCUACCACUCAUGUCAUCUCUUAUGCUGGGUGUCUUUUGCAGGGUUUUGUGUUGCACUCCUCAGCUUGUGCUGACUUUUCUUUUCUAGCUGUAAUGGCCUGUGACCGAUAUGUGGCUAUAUGUCGCCCUCUGGUGUACCACUCUGUGAUGACUAAACAGAGUUUCGUGUUUGUAUUUUUUGCUUCGCUUAUACCCAUUUAUUUGGUGUUCAUGGGUACAAUCACAGCAUCGACAUCGAGGUUAUGCGGCUCACUCAUACCAAAAAUCUACUGUGUUAAUUGGCUGGUUAAUAAACUCUCUUGUUCUGCCUCCAUGGUAAACAUUGCUAUUCCAGCUUUCAAAUAUACUUUCUAUUCUGGCCAUUUUGUUUUUAUUAUAUGGUCUUAUGUACAUCUGAUCAGAACAUGCCGAACAUCCACAGAGAACAUGACAAAGUUUAUGCAAACAUGUAUGCCACAUUUAUGCUGUUUACUUACUUUUGGGUGUUUGCUUUUAGAUCUGUUGUAUAUAUACUGUAUAUUUGACUCAGAGGACUUGUCACAAAGUGUACGAAAUUUUAUGUCGAUUGAAUUUCUCCUCAUUCCUCCACUCAUGAAUCCCCUCAUAUAUGGUUUCAAAAUGACACUUCUAAGAAAUAGAAUAAUAGAGUUUUUGAGAGGUAAAUGUCUGUAG